GUUGUUUGUUUACAAAUGCUGCAGCCUUUGUGAUAGUAAAAUUGCAGAAUUUGGGGUUUUUUGCUGUUGAUGGAAGGAGAAACGCCUAGAGCUCUCAUAAAAGGAGUUCUACAAACCAGUCAGACAACAAGAAGCAGUCCGAGACUGGCACAAACAGCUACAAGAGAGCGUCCUUCCAGAUCGUUGACGCAAUCCAGUCGUAAACCAAAAUCCUUGACGAAGGUCUUGAGUUCUGCCACCAAAAGGCCAGCAACACAAGGUUUGUUAAAGAGCAAUGCAAAGAGACGAAGAAGCGUCACCUCAACACCAAGUGAGACUGUCACACCAAGAACAAACAUCCGGGCUUACCUCGCUGCAGCUGACACUAAAUCACCAGCGAAGAUUGCAAAAACAACAACCGCAAAUCAAAGACUGUCACAGUCAGUAGUAAAUGACCGGCAAGUGUUAAUGACCAGUGAAUCCAGCGCUCAACAAAAAUCACGUCCGCGUACAAGGCUCAGCCAAAGUUUACCAACACCGAGCGAAAAUAUAACACCUCGUGCAGCAAUUCAAGGUUAUCUUAACGCAGUUAACACAGUACCAAAAAAAAACCGAACUACAUCAAAACAGGACGAAAAAAGAAAAUCUGAAUCCGGAGAAGAGAGCGCCGAAGAUGGAGAGGAACGAAUUCAAUCUGGAGUUGAAGCCGUUGAAUCCGGGGAUGAAAGUAGCGAGCGUGGAGAUAAAAAUGUUGAAUCUAGUGAUGAAAAAGAUAAACAUGCGGAUAAAUACGGUGAUGAGAAAGAAGGCUCUGAAAAAGAAGACUUUCAAAACGAUACUCGGGAACACGGAAAUGAGUCUGACGAACAACAGGAACUAGAGGACGCUCCAGUAGAGCGCGAAGAUAAAUACGAAUCUUCACGGGAGGCUACGGCAGAAUCUUCACAAGACGAAGAGGAAAUGUCUGGGGAGGGUGGUGAUAAACUAAAUUCCUCACAAGAGGAAAGUUCGCAAGAAAAUGAUUCAGUCAGCAAGUUUGCUGGUGGUGAUCCAACCCAGGGGGGUGAAAGCUUGCGUGCUGCUUCAGAUUUGGAAAGAAGUGGCGUCUCUAAGUCUGUUGCAUGGGGUGAACUGCGCACUCCGGUUCUACCUACUACAACCAAAGUUAAGGCUACGCCUAUAGUGCCUGGAAAACCAACAGCAAAACAAAAGAAGGCUAGCGAGGUCAAAAAAGCCGCCAGAAAGACGAACCAAGCGAAAAAAACCACCAGAAAAGACAGUUCACUUCUCAGGCUACCAUCGAGUUUGGUGAACGGGAUAUUCCGUCAUUUUUCUGCGCUGAGAGUUUCUAAAGAUGCUUUGGAUGCAGUUCACGUUGGAUCCGAUGCAUUUUUUGAGCACGUUACAGAAGACCUUUUCUCCUAUUCAAAGCAUGCUGGAAGAAAAACGAUCGAGGAAUCUGACGUUGAAUUACUAAUGCGAAGACAAGGUUUGGUGAAAUCAAGAGAAUCGUUCCACGCCCUGAUUGAAAAAUAUCUUCCAAUGGAAUAUAGACAGGAGAUCAUUCCGACCGCAAAGUCGGGAAAUAAGGUCGUACCAAAAGCGAAGACCUGAAUAAUUUCGUUUUACAAAAAAGAUGCUCGAAUAUUUUAAUGACUAGUACAUCGUUUUUGUAGCUCUACUAAGUAGCUUUCAUGUUGUAAAUAAGAAUAAUCAU